AUGGCCAAACCCAGACCUCGAACGAUUGAUCAAUACUGGCACAAAAGCGGACUUUGUGGGGUUAUCAGCCGUGCUACACUCCGCACUCUCCAGUUUGUCUUCGCCGUCACAGUUGCUGUUCUUUAUGGCGUCGAUUUAGCACACUCCACGAAGAGCAACAAUCGUGCCCACUCAGAAUGGAUAUACGCUGAAUUUGUUGCUGCACUCUCUGCUAUGACUUGCAUUGUGCAUUGCUUCAUUACUGUGACCCAAGUCGGAUGGUCGGCUUGGGAUGGGGUUCUGUUUGUCCUUUGGCUUGCCCAGGUGGGUGUUUUCGGGACAAUCUAUACUUCCCACGUCAACACAAAAUACGAAAAUGCGACGCUGUCAAUUCCUCGUAUGCGCGCUGCAGUUUGGAUUGACCUCGUCAAUAUGGUGCUUUGGUUUGCGACAAUGGUGCUCGGCAUUGCAUGGUGCAUCCGGACUCGCAAGGUCAGACGAGGCACGGAUCAAUUCGGUGUUGCCACGGAAGGGCUUAUCUGGCCGAAUGGCGCGAAGGGAAUCAACGACGAGGAGCGUGGUCAUUGGAGUGGAGAGGAGAAAUAUGUGAAAGAGUUUAUAAAUAAAACCGAUGACGGCAAGUUUCUACAGAAGCAGGGGCAGGAGCAGGAGCAGGAACACACCAAAUCAUCACCUGCGCCAGUGGACAAGAAGGAAAAGCCCAGACAAGGGAAUGAAGGCCAAACUUGA